CACACACACACACCACCACCCAAGCCAGCUCCGUCCUCCUCCCGUCGGGCGCCGAUCCCCGGCUGCAGCCGGGGGAGGAAUACCGCGAGAGUUGCAAGCGGCUUCCCUCGGCCCGGCUGCGAAGCCAUGGCAGAUUCGUAUUCCUACAGAGGUGGAAAGAAAGUGGCUGGAUCUAGCAAGACCAGCGCAGACAAAGAUAGCAGCAAGGCACAGGUGAAGAUAAACCCGGCGUACGAGCAGUCAAGGCUUGGAAAUGCAACUAACGAUAAAACGGAAGGCAAAAGGAAAGGGAGGCCGAAGGCAGACAGCCAGGCCCUGAAGGAUAUUCCGCUGCCUCUGAUGAACCAGUGGAAAGAAGAGUUCAAGGCCCACUCCAGGGUGAAAUGCCCCAACUCGGGCUGUUGGCUCGAAUUCCCCAGCAUCUAUGGCCUAAAGUACCACUACCAGCGCUGUCAAGGGGUAAGGAGGAUGGAGGGUGCCGUGGUGGAGAAACGGACUUUUCCGUGCCCGUUCUGCGAAGCCGCCUUCACGUCCAAAACCCAGCUGGAAAAGCACCGCCUCUGGAACCACCUCGACCGGCCGUUGCCGGCCGCCGCCCCCCCGGUGGAAAACAGGUCUCCGAAAGUCUCCGGCAAGGGCAAGAAAAGAGCUGCCGAGGGUUCAGCUUCCCUCACCAUCCAUCCCAAACAGGCAAAGGUGGAGAAGGCCGUCGCCCUGCACCGCCCCGAGAACGGAGAAUGCGCGGCCGUCAGCCCGGGCAGCAAAGACUUCCAGACCAGGGCGGCCGCCAUGCCUGGCGCUCAGCUGUCGGGUGGCAAAGGCUCCAAGCAUCAGUCGAGCAGGCAGGCCUCUGAGCAGGAGGAAGAUCCCGAGAGGAUGAAGCACAGAAGGAAACAGAAAACUCCUAAGAAAUUUACUGGAGAGCAGCCAUCCAUCUCCGGAACAUUUGGACUGAAAGGGCUGGCGAAAGCAGAGGACAAGGCGAAAGCACACCGGGCAAAGAAACUGGAGGCGUCUCUGAGCGGCGCCGGCAAUGAAGACCUAAAGAAGAAAACGCCGGGGUCCAGUAUGAGAAAGGAUGCGGUCCCAACAGCAGCAGCUCCUUCUGCAACAGCGAGCCCAGAAGAGCAGUGGCAGCGGGCGAUCAACGAGAGAGGGGAGGUGGCUUGUCCGACCUGCAGCAUGAUCACCCGGAAGACGAUCCUUGGCCUCAAGAAGCACAUGGAAGUCUGCCAAAAGCUGCAGGAUGCCUUGAAAUGCCAGCACUGCAAGAAGCAAUUCAAGUCCAAAGCCGGGUUGAAUUACCACACCAUGGCCGAACACGUCAACAAGCCAGUUCCGGUGGAAACCGCUGCCCCUCUCAGCGAGCACGAAGAGCGGGAGAGGCUGAGGAAAGUACUAAAGCAGAUGGGGAAACUAAAAUGCCCCGUUGAGGGAUGUGUGGCUACUUUCUCCAGCCUUAUGGGGUACCAGUACCACCAGAAGCGGUGCGGGAAGCAGCUGUCCGAGGUAGAGAAGCCCGUCUUCACCUGCCUGCACUGCGGGAAGACGUACAAGUCGAAAGCAGGACACGACUACCACGUGCGGUCAGAGCAUCCGUCCGCGCCUCCUGAACAGCCCGAGAUCAAGCCUGAAGUCAGCCUCGUCGAAGAUUUUGAGAGGACUCCGAGCGGCAGGAUCCGGCGCACGUCAGCCCAGGUCGCCGUCUUCCACUUGCAGGAAAUCGCAGAGGACGAGCUAGCCAAGGACUGGACCAAACGGAGGAUGAAGGACGACUUGGUCCCCGAGACAAAGCGACUAAACUACACCCGUCCUGGGCUUCCAAAGCUGAACCCGAGGCUUCUGGAAACCUGGAAAAACGAAGUGAAGGAAAAAGGACACAUCAACUGCCCUAAUAACUGCUGCGCUGCCAUCUAUUCCAGUGUGUCCGGUUUGAAAGCCCACCUUGCAAACUGCAACAAGGGAGACCACUCCGUGGGGAAAUAUCGUUGUCUUCUGUGUCAGAAGGAGUUUAGCUCAGAAAGCGGAGUCAAGUACCACAUCAUUAAGACUCACUCGGAGAACUGGUUCCGGACUUCCACGGAGGCCAUCCGGAAGAAAAAGACCAGCGAGCCGUCCGCUGCCAGCCACGAGGAGAAGAAGAAAAGCACAGACGGGAAGAAGAGGGGGCGGAAACCGAAGGAAAGGCCUCCGGAAUCUUCCGCCAAAAGCAAAGAGAUAGGCAAGACGAACCAUAAGAAACCGGCGGGGCCCUGGGAGGCCGCGGACUUCAGCCCCGAUGAGAGAGAGCGAGGUAACAAGCCCCCCCACAGCAAGAAAGGGGGGUCCAGUAAAACGCCAGAGAAAUAAGCCGUCGUUUUUUUUGGGGG